UUUCGCGUGUUGUUGUCGAAGUGUAAACACGGUAUAAAACUCUCCGGGAUUUUCCCAACCUUUUACUGGAUUACUGCCCUGCAAAAAUGAGGAUAAUUUGAGAUAAAUUCUUUUCUUUUUGCUGUGUUAUUUUCAUUGUGAUCAUUGUUAAGGAUUUUUAGGAGGACUCUUGGUAGAAUGGCGUUUAUCUUACGGACCUGUGCAGUGUGGAGUUUUAUAGUGCUCAUCUCGGGUAUCAACGGACAGGAACCGACGUGGAUCAAUGAGCCGACUGACGAGAGUGUGCUGUUAGGUCAGAACGUCACUAUCAACUGUACAGUUGCCAAUAGAGGGAGCUUGCUGACAGUAUGGACUCGAACAAUUCAGGGCGCCAGCACCAGUUUGUUUAUUGAUAAUACUUCUAUGAGUCAGGAAUCACAGUAUUCUGUCAUCGGGAAAUUCAAUCUUCACGUUACGGGCGCUACGGAGGCUGACACCGGCACAUAUACAUGUCAGGUUGGAAAGAAGUUGACGGGUACUGCCAUACUCAAUGUUCUUGUUGCCCCCGGUGCUCCGUCAAUCUCCACCCAACCAUCUUCAAACCUUAAAGAGGGCGGCACAGUCGAACUCGACUGCAUUUCCAAUGGCGGCAACCCACAGCCAACCAUCCAAUGGUUCCGUCAAGGCGUCGAAAUUGCGUCAACAACGACAAAAACGGGAACGUCGACCAAAGGAACGUUACAGCGGACUCUAACCUAUGACGACGAUGGAGCUGUUUUUUUGUGCAAAGUUUUUAACGAAGUCAACAAAGACAAACCGUUGGAAACGCAAACAGUUUUAGAUGUGCAAUUUCAACCUCGCGUGUCCUUCCGUCCUUACAACCCCCUGGUUGCCCUCGAAGGUGCGUCAAGCUAUAUAGAAUGUGUUGUCACUGCUAAUCCUAAAGAGACGUUGGUCUCUUGGAAGAAAGGGACUGCAGACAAGGGAGCGAAUUAUAAUUUGACGUUUGUUAGCGUGGCGAAGUCUGAUGCGGGUAAUUACACCUGUGAAGCAACAAACAGUAUUGGCACUGGACGUGACACCAUUGAUAUGCAAGUCCAAUAUCCGCCCAUCGUCUCUUUUGCAAAUCCUGGCCAAACGUUCAGAGAGAAAGAAAAAGUGACCCUCACGUGUACGAUCGAUUCAAACCCAGCGGCAACAACCAAUCAAAUUGUGUGGAACGAACUUAAGACAAAUACGCGGAAAUCGCUUGGGCGCACUUUAGAUUUUGGUCUGAUUGACCGUUCGGACGCAGGGCGUUAUUCGUGUAAUGUGACGAACAGUCUUCAGCCGUCCGGCCAGAAUCUGACUGAGGGGCAAGGAAGUGCUGUUAUGGAUGUGGUUGUGCAGUAUCAACCUGGUGCAGGAAGCAUAGCCGAAACUGGUCAGAUCAAGACAGGUGAUAAGACGACACUCAGGUGUACUACAUUAGUGAGCGGUCUGCCAGCUGCUCAGUUCCGGUGGACGUUAAAAGAUGGCAGCACUGUAGACAACGCUGGUGUUUAUGAAAUACCAAACACCAAGCUAUCAGAUGCGGGAAAAUACAAAUGCAUGCCUUUCAAUACGAUCGGAGAUGGACCGACAGCAGAAAUAGAUCUUGAAGUUGUUGAGACGCCCCAGUUCCUCAAAACCCUCUCCCAAGACCACCAAGCCAACGAAGGCACGGCCGACUACUCCGUGAAUUGUCAAGCACGCGGGAAGCCUGCGCCAGCGAUAAACUGGUUCAAGGACGGGCGAGAUAUAUCUCGGGAGAGCACGUUGUAUAGCUUUACUGCAUCGAUCGGAAAUGUUGGUACCGAAGGGAGUAAAAAUGUUACAAGCAUUUUGAUUUUUAAAGGUUCGGCAAGACCUGAUGGUAAUCGACUCAUCAUCGCAGAUGCCGGGAACUAUACAUGUAAAGCGUCAAGUGAUAUCAGCUCGGUGUCAUCAUGGGGAGUACUCGUAGUCAAUUAUGCACCCCGCAUGGAGAUAUUAACGACCAAGAUUGGCACCGUCCCGAACGAGACUGUUGUCAUGACCUGUGCCUGCAACGCCGUGCCAAAACCAACCUUCAGCUGGUAUCUCGCAACAACAAAGUUAAACGACGACGGAAUUAAAGUUAAAAUAUCGGAAACAAACCCGCGGCCGGGUUAUCUGUACGUCAGCCGUUUGACGCUGACGACGAUCGCCGAGGCAGAUUUUGGGAUUUAUUAUUGCAAAGCGAAUAAUGCAUUGAGGCCCGAUAAUCAGACUGAAUUCAACUUGACAAAGAAAAGUGUACCAGAAGAACCUGCCGGCCUCGUUUACCUGGCGGCAACCUGGGAGUCAGUCGAACUAAAGUGGGAACCAGGUUUCAACGGCGGACAUCCCCAAAACUUCGUCGUUCAAUAUGAUGGGAAAGAAAUAGAAACCUCACCGAGUGUCAAUACUUUCAAUGUGACAGGACUUUAUCCGAAUCGGACUUAUACGUUUAAAGUCCUCGGGAAGAACGCCCUGGGGCGAGGUUUAGUGUCGGAUCCAGUUACAGUUACGACGAAAACUGUUACACUGGCUAAACCAAAAGACGUCAACUUCAGCAAAAAAGAUAAUAUCGUGCAUUACACGGCGUCUGGUUCGGAUUAUUGUGUAAAAGUCGAUAUAUCCUCCGACGGAAAAAAAUGGAUAAAUUAUCAAAAAUGCGCGCCGGUGCAGGACAAUAUAAAAAUAGAGAAGCAAGACUUUGUCGUCAAUCACGUCAACUUGACGUUAUGUCUGCAGCAUCGGCAGGACAUAUGUGGGGAGCCGCCGGUCAAGGCAAAAAUAUGUGAGGACGUAUCCUCCAUGGGAGUCUGCCCGGGACGAGUGGAGUCCGAAGAUACCGUCCCAACGGAGACGAUUAUAAUCGUGGCGUGCGUCUGUGGUGCCGUCGUCCUCAUCCUCCUCAUCAUAUUGUUAGUGUUAUGUUGUCGGCGGACGAAAGCCGAUAAAGAAUUCCCAGAAGCUGCACAUCGCCGUCCAAACCCAGUGCCUGUGACUGGCUCCAAAAGAGGUCGCCGCCCGCCUUCAUCAGGUAUUGAUAAUCCCGCGUUAGAUAUGCUCGACGGAGACAUGGAUGAUCCAACAUCGGGAGGUGUGUUUGCCACUAACACGUCACAUAAACAUCCGACACCAAGGAUGAAUGGUGGCCCAUUGAAUCCUUACGCUCAUCACAACGGUCGCUUCCCAAGCGAGCCACCACCAUCAUACGAGAUGAACAGUUUUAGAGACCCUAAAGAACCUUUUACGAUAACGAUAACUCAUCCCGAAGGCUUCGACUCUAUAGAGAAACCCCCCUUACAGCUAAAUAGUGAUUCAUCGUCAGACAAACCGUAUUUAGACACGCAUCAUCCAAACGGAAGUUUAAAAAUGGACGAUUCUCGUAGCCACAACGAGAGCGGCUACUCAACGCCCGACCCCACCAAACCCAAAAAAGUAAUAUAUGAAGUGAUCGUAUAGCGAAUGUGGACCUUCACGCACAAACAGUGUUGUAAAUAUGUAUAUGUGUAUAUAUAUAGUUUGCUAAUCAGGCGCAAGGUGGCGCCAACUAUCGCGCAUGCGGCGUUAGUGUAGUUUCAAAUCGUGGUGCUCAGUCAGAGUACCAGUCUUAGGACGAAACUGGUGCCUUAUCAGAAGUGUGCAAAUUCAAACUCAGACGCAAGUAGUUCGUAUGUGCCCUGAUGGUGGCGCUCUCAGGAAUAUAUCUAAGUGGAUUCGCUGUUGUUUACACUUUCGUUGGAGUACGUCCGUUUUCACCGAAAUAUCCUUCGUAACUAUGGUAACGGGAUCACAGGUCUUAAUAUUCUGACGUACUAUAAGUUGGAAUUUUGUAAAAGGAUAAAGAAGUUUAAUAUGGAUUUUUAAAUUCAAGACAAAUUUGUUCUGAAGAGAUGGAGUCAAUUUUUUGGCGAUCGUGCCCGAAAAUUCUUAUUUCAUUGGUAGAAAUUUAAAGGCCUGGUUUAUUUAUGUAUUGUUUACUUGUGCCCCAUUGGUAGUCGGAUAUAAAAAUGGCCGCCGUGACACUAAACUGACAUGACAUUCCAGCUCAAUGAAAAUUGGCAUGUAUGGCAUUCUCAACUGCAUUGUUGAGAUUCAUGUAUCGCAUAUUAACAUAAUGGGAACAUUUCAAAUUCAAUUUCAAAUUUUGAAUUUUGACAAACGGACCACGCCUUUAACAACAUCUGCUAAGAUUUGGAUCCCAACUACCCGGAUCUCUCUUCUUCUGGAUGUUGUGCCUUUCGGAGACCGUGUUGUAUUUCUGCUGUUUCUACCCAACACCAAUUAUUGUUGUUGCCUGUUUUUGGCAAAUCUUUCCUGUGUUACUGAACCUAUUUUCAUGAAAUUGAGGUUGUUUUGGGGUAAAAGACAACUUGGUCAAAAAUUCGAUGAGUCAUUUUUUACUUGCUUUGCAUGUGCAUUAGGUGUAAAUAAAUUUGUACUGUAAACCGCCUCAAGUUGGUCAAAUUCACAUGUACAUUUACACAACAAAUGUACAUUCACGUAAACGUGAAUUUGGCGACGGGUGAAAUGAAUUUUAUGUAUAUUUGUAUGAUAUGAUAUGACAAACAUUGGUGCUAACUGUGUACCAUAGUGACAAGUGAAACUGGAUGAAUAUCAGGAUUGGCGGAGUUUGAAAUUUUGCCGGGCAGAAUUUCGUAGUAUUAUCGGCCAGGUUUUGUACUGCUGAUGUGUUAGUUGUUUUGAAAUGAGCAUGAGAGGGGAGAAAAGACCUCUCUAAUAUAGACACUUUUGGGUAAAUACAAGUGUCUAUAUUAGCGAGAAGUGUCCUGAAAAUCGCCUUCUUAACCUCCAAUUGAACACAAGUGACAAUCUAAAAAAAGUUUCCUCAAAGAAAGGUUACCUGAGGAGAAUCUUUUAGGGGGUGGGGCUGGAUGAUAUGGAACAAAUUAUAAUAUCAAUGCAAAUUUCUUGGGGGCUGUUGUAAAAUUCUCAUGCUUGUUUCAAAAGGGUUUUUUCAGGCUGAAAUAACUUUUGUAGAAUUUGUAUCAAUAAUUUUUACAAGAUAAUAGUAAUAUAGAGCAGUGAGAUUACUACUAGAGACACCUAGUGUUCAGAUAGCCAACCAAGACCCAAGUGUUUUGUUGAGCCAAAGAUAGGUGGCAGCACAUGUCUUAUCCUAUCUCUUUCAAAGAACUGCAUGUAUCUAUGGAAAUAUUUCCAUUGGCAUAUUUUUUCAUAGAAUUUUUUCCUAAUCAAAAUCAAAAUCAAAAUAUGAAUACGAACAAUUGCCUCUAAGUGGUUUAAUUUAAUCAAGUAUUUUUUAUUUGAUUUCUGAGAAAGAUUUGUAAUUGAUGUUGAAGAUUAUAUGAAUUUUGAUUUGGGUGAUGGGUGGUCUUUUGUAAUCUUCAGGUCUAACUAACUCAUGCUGUGCACACAAAAAUGUCUCCAUAUUCAUGAAGUUGACCUUUGGUGUAAAAAGAAAUUCUGACAAUUGGAAACUAAGGCGAGAGUUUUUUAAAACCUUGUUUAGCGAACCUUUUAUUCCAAAGUUUUUGAACGUCUGUUGAAAAAAAAAAAAAAAAAAAAAAAAAAAAUUCCAGAGAUUUUUUGAUUUCACGAACCUACAUGUAUCCUGGUAAAAUUUCUGUGAGACAAUAAAAAAAACAAACAAUUUUCACAAUUUUUUUUGUGGUCAUUUUUGUAAGUGAUGGGUUCACGAAACAAGGUAUAAAAAAACUCUCGCCUGAUGUGUAUCUAAAUGAAGUUGAAUGAAAAAAUUUGAAGGAUCUGUUGAUCUGUCGUGAAAAUCGAGUUAGAAAUGCGUUAUUUUUUUAAUUUGGAUGUCCUGAUUAUUGUGAUGACUGAAAUCAGUAUUAGAAUAAUUCAAAAAUUUUGUUAACCAUUUGAGGUCCAAGUUGAUUUUUACUGCAUUACUAUGCAGUUUGGUUAUAGUCUUUUAAUGAUUGACCACCGACAUCACCAUUUUGGCAAGAACUUGAAAUCCUAAAGCAAUCAGAACUCCUUCAAAUUGAAGUGAAUCCCAAUUUCAAGUUUGGGAGUCAGCUCUUUGCUUUCCAAGUUCUAGGUAAAAUUGUGGUGCCUAUAAGUCAACUGAAGUUGCAGACUACUUGGGUUUAGUAGGGCAGUUCUUUUGGGAAUUAUGUAACAGAUCCUCAAUUUUUCCUGAAGAAAUCUCAAAUUAACCUUCGUGACUGAGGAUACUGGUCUUAAGAUUGGACAAAUAAUUUUACUAUCUUCAGCUGUUAGGGGGUUAAUUUGAGAUUUCACCUCAGUGAAGCCUCUCUUAGUGGUCACCUCUUAUAAGAGGACAUGCUCUUCAUGGGGACACAACUUUGUUUCCAAAACUGGUCGUUUGCAUACAAGUUGACCUCAGUAGCCUUGAUGCCUCUCUACUAAGGACAUCAUUUUGUUAACCCAAACAGUGUCCUUAAUAGAGGGGUUCUACUGUAAAUUAGGAUGUCAAUGCAAGAUGGUGGUCAAUUGCUCUUUUUGCAAAAAUUGUGGUAACAUACGGUAACACAUAAAUCAUCGUGGCGAAUUUGCUCAUUCACUUCACGAUAGACUCAAUUUUGCAUUUGCUGUCAAAAUUGAAAAACAACACCUGGCCACCUCUUUGCGACGUCAUUUUCAUUUCUUAUCCUGCUUUCUCCUAACCUUAGUUAUUUAUCCUGUGUAUUUUAUAUCAUUGGUAAUAAAACGACGCCAAAUAUGAUUAA